UGAUAACAGAUAAAGGACUUGCAAAGCAUCGUAUAUAAAUCCCAAAACACGGAUUAAAGAGAUGAAAGUGAAGUAUCUCUCCUGAGUCUUUCUGCAGUCUGUCCGGGAAAAAAAGCUCCUAGGUGCUGAAAUCCUGGACUACCGAAGACUGAAGCUGGUUUUGCAUUAUGAGGAUAAACUGCAAUAGGCUUUGACUUUUGAUUUAGAUGUAAUUCACAUCGUUUUGUUGAACAGAAAUAGAACAGACUGCAUUGCUCAUGAUGUGCAAUAGUCUCAGACUAUAAUGGCCUGAUAUUACUCACACUUUUUCUAAAGACACUUCUGCAGUUAAGUAAUUCUCAGGUUGUACUGCACAUUUUUUGAACAAGCAAGCCAAUAUGGAGUACUCCUUCAAAGACGGAAUUUGGACCAAUAAUGUCCAGGGACUAUGAAGAGCCUGGUCAGUCUGUAGGGAUGUUGGCUGCGGUGGAACAUGGUCCGGUCCUCUGCAGUGACUCCAACAUCCUCUGCAUCUCAUGGAAAGGGAGAGUUCCCAAAAGUGAGAAGGAGAAGCCGGUGUGCAGGAAGCGCUACUAUGAGGAGGGCUGGCUGGCCACUGGGAACGCCAGGGGUGUUGUGGGUGUGACGUUCACAUCUAGUCACUGUAGAAGGGACAGAAAUACCCCACAACGAAUCAACUUCAAUUUACGGGGUCAUAACAGUGAGGUUGUCCUUGUUAGGUGGAAUGAACCGUUUCAGAAGCUUGCAACAUGUGACAUGGAGGGAGGGAUAUUUGUGUGGAUCCAGUAUGAAGGAAGAUGGUCUGUAGAGCUGGUGAAUGACAGAGGUGCCCAGGUGAGUGACUUCACCUGGUCACAUGAUGGUACACAGGCCUUGAUCGCCUACAGGGAUGGUUUUGUUCUGGUUGGUUCAGUGAGCGGUCAGAGACACUGGUCGUCUGAAAUUAAUUUGGAGAGCCAGAUCACCUGUGGAAUCUGGACCCCUGAUGACCAGCAGGUGCUUUUUGGAACAGCAGAUGGGCAAGUCAUAGUGAUGGACUGCCACGGCCGUAUGCUUGCCCAUGUUCUUCUGCAUGAGUUAGAUGGCAUAGUCAGCAUGUCCUGGAACUGCCCGAACUUCCUGGUGGAGGACAGCACUGAGAGCGAUACAGACAAUGAUGACCCUACUCCAGCUCAAGUGCAAAACCUCAAACCACUGCUCACAGUCAGCUUCAUAUCAGGAGACAUUAGUUUGAUGAACAACUACGACGACCUUUCACCUAACAUUAUACGCUCAGGACUGAAAGAUGUGGAGGUACAGUGGUGCUCUCAGGGUGACCUGCUGGCAGUGGCCGGGAUGGAGAGACACGGCCUGCCCUCUGACUCAGCCUGUGCCUCUCUAAUGAGGAACGCACUUGUCAAGUUUUACAAUGUCCAAGGGGAACAUAUAUACACUUUAGAAACUCCAGCCCAAAGGCCCAUCACCACGAUUUGCUGGGGUCACCGGGACUCACGGCUGUUUCUGGCCUGUGGACCAGCCCUGUAUGUAGUGCGUGUGGAGCACCGUGUGGCCAGCCUGCAGCUUCUGUGUCAGCAGGGCAUUGCCAGUGCUCUUAAAGAGGAGAGAGAUGUGGGAAAACUGAACAUGCCUUCACUCCUCUGUUCCUAUGUCACCACUGCUUUCAUUCCAACUAUCAAGCCUCCCAUCCCAGAUCCGAAUAACAUUCGAGACUUUGUGAGCUAUCCAACAGCAGGGAAUGAACGCCUGCACUGCACUAUGAAACGUUCGGAGGAGAAUCCAGAAGCAGGAGGCCCCUGUUACACCCUCUAUCUGGAACACCUGGGAGGUUUGGUGCCUAUUCUCAAGGGUCGUCGCAUCAGCAAACUGCGACCAGAAUUUGUCAUAAUGGACCCAAAAAUGGAUGGUAAAGCAGAUGAGGUCUGUGUAAAUGGCAUGAUCUCCUACAUGACUGACAGCUGUAACUGCUCAGACUCCAGCGAUAUUGAGUUAAGUGAUGAGUGGGUUGGGCGAAAAUCACCCAAACUUUCUAGAGGAAACAGGUCUCCUAAGCUUCCUAGGUACUCUAAACAUAUAAGAAUUAAUAUGGAAUCAAGAAAGUCUCCCAAACUUACCCAAAUAUCUCAAGAAAUGUCUAGGUCUCCUAGAUUACCAAAGAAGCCUCCAGGUCGGUCUCCGAGUCUUACUCGAAGAGAAUUUCCAGUUGAUGGCUAUAGUGAGCAUAAUUACUUGGCCCAGGUCACCUCUAACAUUUGGGGAACAAAGUUUAAGAUUGUAGGCCUUGCCUCAUUUUUGCCAGCUAACUUAGGAGCAGUUAUUUAUAAAACUAGUUUGCUGCACCUCCAACCUCGUCAGAUGACCAUUUAUUUGCCUGAGGUGCGUAAAAUUUCCCUGGAUUUCAUGAGUCUGCCAGUCUUCAAUCCCAAUGUGUUCAGUGAAGAUGAAGAUGAUUUACCUGUUAUGGGACCCUCUGGAGUGUCAGCCGACAAUCCUCCUUGCACAGUUAAUAUCCCCAUUGCCCCAAUUCACAGCCCUGCUCAAGCCAUGUCACCUACACAGAGUAUAGGUCUAGUCCAGUCUCUCCUAGCCAACCAAAAUAUUCAGCUUGAUGUCCUUACCAAUCCCACCGCCACCGCCACUGCAGCAGCGGCAGCUGCAGCAGCAACAGCAGCAGCAGCAGCAGCAGCAGCAGCAGCAGCAUCUAAUGCAACAGUAUCUGAGCAUAGUCAGGACACUGUGGCAGCACAGUACUCUGUGCCAACCAGAUAUUCUAACCCUGGACAGGUGGUUUUUAGCGAACAAGAAAUAAGUAACAUCGUAAGUGGAACUCUUCCUCCUCCUCCACAUCAUCUGCCACAACAACCCCAACAAAAACGUCAGCAACAACAGCAGCAACAAGACCAUCAACAAUCAAAACAUCAACAACCACAGCAGCAGCAUCUGAAAUUGCAAAAUCAGUCACAGCAGCUGCAUAAACAGUCACAGCAGCAACAUGUGCAACAUCAGCAGCAACUGCAAACACAGCAGCAUCAGCAGCAACUGCAACAGCAUCAUCAUCAACAACAACAACUGCAACAGCAACAUCAACAAUUACAACAGCAGCAUCAACAGCAGUUCCAACAACAGCUGCAACAGCAGCAUCAACAACAACUACAACAGCAGCAUCAACAACUACAACAGCAGCAUCAACAACAACUACAACAACAGCAUCAACAACAACUGCAACAGCAGCAUCAACAACUGCAACAGCAGCAUCAACAGCAGUUGCAACAACAUCAACAGCUACUGCAUCAGCAGCAAAUUCAACAACAGCAACUGCAACAGCAGCAGCAACAUAUUCAGCAGCAAGUGCAGCAGCAUCAACAAAACAUUCAUCAACAACAUCAACAACAAUUCCAACAGCAGCAGCAACAGUUGCAAAUUCAGCAUGAGCAAAUACAGCAGCAGCAGCAACAAAUGCAACAACAGCAGCAACAAAUUCGACAGCAAAUACAGGAAAUGAGGCAGCAGCAGCAACAACUUCAACAGCAGCAUCAACAAAUACAGCUGCAACAUCAACAAAUGCAAAGACAGCAUCAACAAAUGCAGCACCAGCUUAAAAUGCAAAUGUCCCUCCAACAUCCACCUUCAGGAUAUGCUACUCUAACCCUGCAUCAGUUACAGCUGAUGCCUCAAAUUCCUCAUCCAGACCAGCCAUCAGGCAGAGGAGAACAAGUGCUCCCUCUUAAGAUUCCCUCACGACCACAGUCAUUUAUUGAAAUUGACACUCUUGAGGUACAGGUGCGUAAAGUAAACCCUCCACCACCUUACCCAGGUACAGCCGUAUCUGCUGCAGCUGCCACACCCACUAUGGGCCCACCUGGUCUUCUUGUUAGCAAUGAGAACGGCACUACACUGUCAACAGAUCCAUGUUUAACUAAGGAUGAAUUCUCUCUUCACCCAGUUGGCCUUCAGUACCCAACUCCACUAGGCUAUGAAAGAAUCACUACUUUUGACAGCAGGGGAAAUGUCGAAGAGGUAUGUCGCCCAAGGAGACGCCAUUUAAGGAACCAAAAUGCCUACAGGAUGCAAGGAAUGGGCAGCUCCGCCACAUUGAAAGCAACUUCAUCUGAGAACAAGAAGAUCCAGUUGCCAUACAGCUCAGCAACUCUUAGUCGCCUCUCAGUGCCUAGAUAUUCUAUACCAAGUGGAGACCCACCACCUUAUCCUGACACAUCUAACCAAAUGAACACAAUGAGAAGUCCUACGCAAAGGAUUGACAGCAAUUUGAUUCAUGCCACUUUGCGCCGUGAUCGUAGGGAACCAACCCUGAAGGUUUCUCAAAUGGUGGAUACAGUGAGGACUCUACCAACUAAAUCCAAAAUGAACAGUUCCCUCACUCUCUCCUAUCAGCCAAGGAUACCCACAGCUCCGUAUACGUGCACUCAGUGUAGCAGUAAUAGCAGCUGCACUAGUGUAAGUGUCACCGGUGGUGGCACAAACAGCAGCGGAAUUGCUGGAGGAACUGUGGUGAGGCAAGAUUUCCCACCUGGCAAAGGGGCCCAACACAGCACAAUAAUUGUGCACUCCAAAAGUGCCUCGCCAUUAGCCUCUCAGUCCUCUUAUAACCUCUUAAGUCCCAUUGACAACAGCAGAGACAGAACUGUCUAUGUCAACUCUGCCUUUACAGAAGAUGAGACACCAAGUCAGCACUGCCAUCUUGAAAAGUCAGUACGGCAUUUAACGCUUGGGGAUGUCAAUUUGACAGUCAAACUGCCUCCACCUUACCAAUGGGAUUCACCUGCAGCAGAACAACUCUGGAUACCUCAAGAGCAAAAUUUAUUGCCUGGACCUCCAGGACCACCUCAUAAGCCACCCCCAUUUUUACUCAGUCCCAAUUCUAUGACCCUCCCUUCAGGCUAUCACUUAUCCCUUUCACCCUUCCCAUCAGUUGUAGGACGUGGUGGACCUCAACUACAGCCUUUGCAGAGUCCUGCACAAUCAUGUGGCCCCAAUGACAUGGUAACAUCUAGCCCUUUUAGCCAACCAGACUCAGCUUUAGUCUUACCCCCAGGUUAUCCCACAAAUUUAACCAAUCUAGGUUGUUGCACUCUGCCUCCCAUGUACCCAGGGACUAGCUCCUGCAGCAACCUUCAACUGCAUCCAAUGAGCUUGCAUCCUUGGAGCACUUAUAGCACUUGUCCUCCCAUUCCAGACCAUUCUGCCACAUUGCCCAAUAAGACCCUUCAGGCCCUGGAGAAGCCAGUUCUCUCUCCUCCUCCUGCAACUCCACCUCCCCCACCUCCUCCUCCUCCUCCUCUACCUCCUCCUCCUCCACCCAUUGAGCUCUUGAACCAUCAGAGUACUUCUGAGCUGAUUGCAGAAUCGGCAGAGAGCUUUCAGGAUCAGUCCUCUCUCAAUGAGAGUCCACAAGGAGCAGAGAGGUUCAGCAAGAAGGGACGUAAGAGACUUGACAGUAGGACAGAAGAGGCAAAUAUGUCUGGAGUUCCUGAAGGGAAAUCCAAAAGAGAGAGUCGAACACUUUCUGACUUCAAUUCCCUGAUCUCCAGUCCAAGACUUGGCAGCAAGGAAAAGAAGAAACCUAAAGGGCAGAAAGAGCCAUUGAACAAGGCCAAGAAACUGAGUAGGACCUCCAAUGAGUUCCAGGAUAGCUCUGAGAGUGAGCCUGAGCUCUUCAUCAGUGGUGAUGAGCUGAUGAACCAAAGCCAGAGCAGCAAGAAAGGAUGGAAGAGCAAAUGCAAUCUACGUACAGCAAACGAACUUGAGGAAAUCAAGUGCCGUAAAGCUAAUGAGAGAGAGGAUCGUAGUCUUGGCAGCCAAGGCUUUGUCUAUGUCAUGGCCAACAAGCAGCCAUUGUGGAACGAAGCCACCCAGGUUUACCAGCUUGACUUUGGAGGACGGGUGACACAGGAGUCAGCCAAAAACUUUCAGAUUGAGCUUGAUGGACGCCAGGUAAUGCAGUUUGGCAGAAUUGAUGGCAAUGCAUAUAUCCUGGAUUUUCAGUAUCCAUUCUCAGCCGUACAGGCAUUUGCUGUGGCCUUGGCCAAUGUAACUCAGAGACUCAAAUAGAAAACCUUUCCAGCAAUCUUGUCCUUGAGUACAAAUGGACUGAAAAAUAAUUUUUUAAUUGCAGAUUGUGAGGAAAAAUUACAUUCUCUGCUGCCAUAUUGUCUGCAAUGCCGGUUCGUCACCGAGAAAUCUGGUCACUCUCAGGCAAAGUGUACACAAAAUGUAGAUAGAUGGUCCGACAAUAGAUUUAGUGCUUUAAAGCAACCGUUCUCAUUUCCAGUCCUUGUGACCCCCUGCUCUGCACGUUUUGUAUGUCUCUCUUUAUUAACACACCUGAUUCAGAUAACCAGCUUGUUAGAACUGAGCUCCGUGCAUGGACUGUGUUCCGAUUGACAUAGUCCCUACAAAGUGUGCAUUGCUCCCUACUCCCUGAGCAGGGGAUAUCUGUUGAAGUUUACUUCACUUCGGAAAUUCAUUCAUGGAUUUGUGCUGUGCAACAUCUUCACACACAGACAAGUGUGACAUCAUAUACCUCAGUAAAUAUAUACAAAUUAAAUUAACGUCUCGCACACUUCAUUGCACUUUGAAUGGAACAUAUAUGUUCGCUUCAAACUGGAUUCAUGGCGGAUUAUCCUGUGAUGUCCACUUCAUAGGGCACUUACGUCGAAUAGAAAAAAAAACCAUUUGAAGCGAUAAGAGAGACAUAUAAAAUGUGCAGAGCAGGGGGUGUGAGGACUGGAAUUGAGAACCGCUGCUUCAAAGAACCUUUUUGUUAACAGAGCUUCAGACUGAUUUAAGGUUCCUCCUGAAAGGUGGUACACAUCUGAAAAAUAAUAAUUGUGUAUUGAUGGAAAAUUAUUUAAUUUAAUUCACUUUUAUUGAUUUUUUUUCAAUGUAUUUCAUAUAUAUAUAUAUAAUGGUGUGAUUAAUUACAAAAUCUGUGAUGGAUAUUAGACUGUGGGCUUUGUUUCCUUUUUCUCUUGAUUUCCCCAUAUCCUUUUGUGUUUGUACUUGAGAUUUAUGUGGCAAAUUUUGAUUUCCUAUAUAUAAUCAUUGUGAAGUGACGGAUUUUGACUAUUGUCUGUGGUCAGCAACCAAUGAAAAUCUAAAGAGGAAGAAAAAAGUUUGAAUAUUUUGAUCUCAUGAUUCACUUCCAUGAAGUGAAACAGAGGUAAUAUAUUCACGUUAUAAUCAUAUUUCGCGAAUUGUGGCACUAUAAUGAAUGCAUUUUUAAGGUUCAAAAAUCAUUUUAACUUGAAAUCUAACUUUUUCUCCACAAAAUGUCUUAUGUUAUAUUGCAUCAUUUGCACACUGUUAUUGCAGUAUCUCAGUAAUGUCAUUUUUGAAUGAAUAUUUGCUUUUUUAAUGUUAACAGUAACAGAAAUCAAAGUUUGCUAAUUUUUUAAUUGCUUUCAAAUAUAUACAUGGAAAAGUGCUGUAGUUAGAUGUACUUAAAAAAUUUAUUCAUUUUGUCCAUGACACUUUAGUACGAACUAUAUAGUAUGCAUUAAUUUAGCCAAAAAUGUCUUAUAUCACUAUAUGAAUUAAACUUAACACACUGUAUAUUAUGCAAUGAAUGGAAACGAAAUGAAAUAGAAAGUUUCAUUAAACGAAAUGAAAAAAAGUUCUCAUUCUUAAGUUAAAUAGUCAGCUCAAAUUGCUUAGUUUGAUUUAUGUAAAGGGACAUCUUUUAUUAUAUUUAAUAAUUGGUUUCAAGCUAACUGACUUGCUUGUUGUUGCUCAGUUUCUGAUGUUUUCCAGUAAUUUCAUCAGUUUUUAUCACAUUUUUGUUGUAAACCAAACAGUGGUUCAGAGUGGGUUAGUGUUGAUAUGGUUGAUGUUUUAUGCACUUCUUGAUUAUUCUUGAUGUUGUAAGGUUCAAUGAUUUGCAGUUGCAGUUAUUUCUAGCCAUUUUGUACUGGGAUAUUCAGGCCCAGAUUAAAUUAUGUGGAAUGUGAGGCUGUGAUUUAUUGCUUAAUUAUUCUAAUGUACAUUUACCAAAUGUAAUUCAAGAGUGUCAAGGAAAAGCAUUAGAAUGUGUGUGCAGAAUACUUAAAUUCAGACUUAAAAUCACUAAAUAAAAUCAAACUAAAUUUUGGAAA